AUGAGCAACCUCGGCGGUGGCCUUCACACCGUCGACUGGAGCUCGCAAAAGCUCGCCCACUUCGAAAAGAACUUCUACGUCGAGGACAAGCGUGUCUCUUCGCGCAGCGAUCGCGAGAUCGAGGAGUUCCGCCGCCUGAAGGAGAUGAAGGUCCAGGGUCGCGACAUCCCCCGUCCCGUCACCUCGUUCGAGGAGAUUGGGUUCCCCGACUACAUCAUGAGCACUAUCCGCGCUCAGGGCUUCCCCUCGCCUACCCCCAUCCAGUGCCAGGCCUGGCCCAUGGCGCUCACCGGUCGUGACGUCGUCGCCAUCGCCCAGACUGGUUCGGGAAAGACUAUUUCAUUCGCACUCCCCGCCAUGUUGCAUAUCAAUGCGCAACCACUCCUGGCUCCUGGUGAUGGUCCUAUCGCUCUUAUCCUUGCUCCUACGCGUGAGCUGGCCGUUCAGAUCCAGCAGGAGUGCACGAAGUUUGGUUCCAACUCCCGCAUUCGUAACACCGCCAUCUACGGUGGUGCCCCCAAGGGCCCCCAGAUCCGUGAUCUCCAGCGUGGUGUUGAGAUCGUCAUCGCGACCCCCGGUCGCCUGAUUGACAUGCUUGAGUCUGGCAAAACCAACCUGCGCCGUAUCACCUACCUCGUCAUGGACGAGGCCGAUCGUAUGCUGGACAUGGGUUUCGAGCCCCAGAUCCGGAAGAUUGUCAGCCAGAUCCGCCCCGACAGGCAAACGUUGAUGUUCAGCGCCACCUGGCCCAAGGACGUCCAGAAGCUGGCUAACGACUUCUUGAAGGACUUCAUCCAGGUCAACAUUGGGUCCAUGGAGCUCACCGCGAACCACAGCAUCACCCAGAUCGUCGAAGUCGUCAGCGACUUCGAGAAGCGUGCCAAGCUCAUUAAGCAUCUCGACCAGAUCAGCCAGGAGAACGCGAAGGUGCUCAUCUUCGUUGGUACCAAGCGUGUUGCAGACGACAUCACCAAGUACCUCCGUCAAGAUGGGUGGCCAGCGUUGGCCAUCCACGGAGACAAGGAGCAGCGUGAGCGUGAUUGGGUCUUGGGCGAGUUCAAGGCGGGACGUUCGCCCAUCUUGAUUGCUACUGACGUAGCAUCACGUGGACUUGACGUGAAGGACGUCCGUUAUGUCAUUAACUACGAUUUCCCCAACAACUGCGAAGACUACAUCCAUCGUAUCGGUCGUACAGGGCGUGCCGGCACUACGGGAACGUCGUUCACCUACUUCACCACCGACAACGCCAAGCAGGCGCGUGAGCUCAUCGGCAUCUUGAAGGAGGCGAAGGCUGUUGUGCCUCCUCAGCUCGAAGAGAUGUCCAUGUACGGUGGUGGCGGCGGCGGACGCGGUCGUUACGGAGGUGGCGGUCGUGGUCGUGGUGGAGGUGGAGGUGGUGGUCGCUACGGCGGUGGUGGAGGCGGCGGCGGAGGCUAUGGCGGAGGAGGAGACAGCGGCUACGGCUCACGCGGCGACCGCUGGUGA